AUGACGAUGAAGAUGAUGAUGAAGAAGAAGAUGACGAUGUUGAUGAAAAUGGUGAAGAUGAUGAUGAUGGUGGUUAUCAUGGUGAUGAAGAUGCUAAAGAUGAUGCGGAAGAUGAUAAUGAUGGUGAUGAUGAAGAGGAUAAUGAUGAAGAUGAUGGUUCUGCUGUGUCUCCUGUGUGUCCUGUCUUCCCUGGUGGAUCUAACCACCGCCUGUCCUCCGACCUGCCUCUGCAACGCCACCGACGUAGACUGCAGCGGGCGUGGCCUGCUCUCCAUGCCCGCCCUCACCCAUCUCCCCGUCACCGUCCGCACCCUCCUGCUGCCCAACAACCACCUCUCCUCCCUGGGCCCAGGGUCCUUCGCUAACCUCACCUCCCUGGAGCGACUGGAUCUCUCCAACAACUACCUGGAUGAUCUACCCCCAGCGCUCUUCAAGGACCUGGGGAAUCUAUCAGAUCUGACCCUCCACAACAACAGUCUCAGGGCCUUGGAUAAGGAUCUCUUCCAGGGGCUGGUGGGGCUGAGGAAGCUAGAUGUCUCCCUCAACGGGCUGUCUGAUAUCCCCCUGGGUCUGCUGGAUGAGCUGCCGGGGCUGAUGUGGCUCUCCGUGGCUGGGAACAGGCUCCAUGCCCUGGACAGAGCAGCCUUCGAGCCCCUGGCUAACCUCCAGUAUCUUCAGCUAGGGGCUAACCCCUGGGAGUGUGACUGCAACCUGAGGGACUUCAAGCACUGGAUGGAGUGGCUGCUGUACAGAGGUGGUAAGGUAGAUGGGGUGGAGUGUACCCUCCCUAAGGACCUGCGAGGGCGGGACAUCCGUGGCGUUCCAGUGGAGAUGUUCAACUACUGCCUCCAACUGGAUGACGAGAACAGAGGAGGAGGGGGGACGAGGAGCGGAGGAAAAGAAGGCUCGUCCCCGCCCUGCGGCCGAACUACCGGCUCCGGAGGCACCGGAGGAGCCCCCACAUCCGAAGUCCCCGCUGCGGGCGACCUGGUGCCCGUCCCGGACUGUGUGCGGCGGCGCUACCAGCCGGUGAGCGUGCGCAGGGCCAUCGGGACGGUGGUGAUAGCCGGGGUGGUGUGUGGCAUCGUGUGUAUCAUGAUGGUGGGGGCAGCAGCCUACGGAUGUAUCUAUGCCUCGCUCAUGGCCAAGUAUCAACGAGAGCUGAAGAAGAGGCAGCCGCUGAUGGGAGACGGGGAGGGUGACGCAGACCCUGAGGACAAGCAGAUCUCCUCUGUGGCAUAG